AUGGACAUGAACGCAGUGAAGUAUAAUCUGACACGAGAGAGAGGGAUCACUGAUCAGGAUCAGCUGCUGCUGACGGAGAACACGCAACUCCGCCCGAUCACCUGCAGCUCCGCCGCGGUACGGACCAAUAGCAUGAAAUGCCACCUGUGCACUGUGACUGGCCCCACUGUCGUCGACAUCCAGGGCCGAGUGGAUUCUGUCCAGGAUCUGUGUGCUUACUCUCUGAUGGAGUCCGAGACAAACCCAGGUGUCCAGGUUCAGGCAUCUUUCCAUGAGCGACGCCGUAGAGACGUUAGCUUUUUGAACCGUGUGAUCCUGUAUGUGCAAGAUCCAGGUGUUCAUAUUUAUCUGGAACAAGGCGGGGAAGUGAAGCUGAACAAGCAAACACUGACACUGGAUGCCACGGCUACAGUGGUUCACGGCAUGGAGCUCUCUAAGGAUGAGAGUGGGGUGACCGCCAAGACGUCCCACCUGAACCACAACUUGACCGUCUUCUUUGAUGGCUACACUGCACUAAUGCACAUUGAAGGGCCGACUGGAUCUUCUAGAAUUGUGACGGGAUUAUGUGGCAACUCCAGCAGUUUCAGGAUAUCGGAGCUCACUGAUAUCAGUGAAACCAACUGUGAUGCGAAGUACGAAGACACCGCUGACAGCACGUUCAACCGCAUCGCAAUGACUGAACACUGUAAUCUCCUGAAGGAGGCGCCCUUCAGGGAAUGCCACAGCCACGUCGACCCAGAGCCCUACUUCACCGCCUGCAACGACACUUUGAGCAAAUAUCCCGCUGGAGACGGCCUCAACUGUCAGUUCUUUGAGGCCUACGCCAAAGCCUGCAGCCUGUACAGCAAAGAUGCUAUCGAUGGCUGGAGGUCAAACGUCAACUGCUCCGCAGAGCCUCAGGCCUUCUGUCAGGGCCGGUUCUGUAGCUCUCAUGAGUUCUGCGGAGAAACAAGCAGUGGAACCCGUUGCUUCUGCCGUGCAGUAUUUGCCUCAACAGUCACAUCAGAAAAACCUUUCGGUGAGGCGGUAACCUGCAAUGGGUCUUCUCGGGUGGCCACUCUGUAUGGUUGUCUCCUAGAGGACAAGGGCAUCAGCUACUCAGACCUGCACCUCUUUGACACGACCUGCAUAAGUGAAAUGGACCAUUUGACCCACGUGGUAUCCUUAUCCCUGGACACGAACACCAAACCCUGUGGGUCAAUUAUCAAGAUGAACAACGAAAGCGAGAUUAUCAACAAGAAUGGCGUCAUGCUGGAAACCAACGGCAUGGAGCUUGUUGACUUCACCUGCCCCUUCACUUUUCCAGACAUAGACAUCGAUUUUUCAGUGAUCUUCCAAGUGAAGAGUGGCUUCAGCAACCCUAACACAGUGGCGUAUGUAACAUCUGGAAUCUGGAACUACACUCUGUCCAUGAGGGCUUACAUGGACGCCCAUCGGGAGUAUCCCGUGACUCCAAACACCCAGCUCAAACUGAACCAAAAGGUCUGGCUUGAGCUGCAGGCAGCCGGCGUGGAUGAGAAAAUAGUUGCUUUGGUGACAGAGAACUGCUAUGCAACGAGCGACCCAUCACCUCAUACCAACUUGAAGUACGACCUCAUCACAAACGGCUGUGCAAACCCUGCUGACGACACUGUUGUAAUCGAGAGCAAUGGAGAGCGCCUAACCGACUACUUCUCCUUCAACAUGUUCAAGUUCAAUGGGAACUCUAGAGACAUGUAUUUGCACUGCAGAUUGAACCUCUGUCUCAAAAGUGACAAUUCCUGCACCAGGAGUUGCGGCAAAGGUGCAAGGAGACGCAGAUCUUACAAAGAAACCCAUGAUGAAACCGAUUCAAUCGUCAUCAUGGCCUGGGGUAUUUAGGUUGGAGACUCAGACCUGUCAACUAGGUGAAGACCUCCAGAUGAAGAGUCUGGACACGCAUCAAUAUAUUUAUGAACAUCAUCUCCUGAAAAGACUGAGCUCAGUUAUGUUGGGCCACAUAUCACAAAAAAUGUUAUUACCAAAGCAACAUCCUCUUAAAUGAGAGCAUUACAUCAGAAGCUGUAAGAGUGCAUCAACAUACCUGAGCGCUUCUUUAACGGAGAAUAAAUAGAUACUGUGUGACGGUUACAUUCCUGAUAUGACAUACAUUUUUUCUUUAUUUUACACUCCCUAGGAUCUCUCAGUUUUAGUGCCUAAAAUAUAUUAAAUAUACAGAAGAUUCUCUGCAUUUUGCACAAACUUUUUUGACCUUUGUACUAAAUUGCAAGCUCUCGCACCAUUUGUUGACUUAUGACAAGAUUUCCUGGAGGGACUGAUUCUAAAAAUCUUAUUUUCACUCUACUACUACCACUACUAGAACAAAGAGAAAGCUUUUUAUAAUUUUCUUAACAUCAUCACAUCAACCAUCAGAAAUAUCUUACCGGCAGAAUAGUUUUUCUUUUUAGGAAGACUGACUUAGUUUAUCGUAAAGACUGGAAACAGUUUGGCAUAUAGAAGCAGCCCACAGCAUCAGCUGAAGUCCAGCUUUUGUUAUUUGGGUAGUGGGGGACCUCCUGCAUUAGUCGCAGCUCUCUGCUUCGCUCCACCUGGUGGGACUUGCUCUGUAAGUCUGACUGUGCCGUGCUGCGGUUCCAGAUGUUUCUUUUAAUUUGACGUAGUGUUUUUGAAGCUAGAUAGCACUUUGUCUCCAGCACAGAGAGAACAACAAACCUUAAUGUCUCAUCUUUAGCUGACUCCAACUCAAAGUAGUGACUGUAUUUCCAGCUAGAAAACGCGCAUCUCUCUCCUCCCUCCAUUGUUGUUUUCGUUUGUGUCGCUGCGUGGUAUUACAGGUGAGUUGUCCUCCUGCUGAAAACGUGACUUAAUUGUCGCAUAGACGUCACUCCCCGAGACACAAGAAGAAAGCAAACGUAUAUCUUUUUACUAAGGAAAAUGACAAAAAUAGUAACACAGUGACUUGGAUAAGUAACUUUAAUCUGAAUACUGGUUUGGAAAUAGUAACGCGUUAGAUUAGUCGUUACUGAAAAAAGUGGUCUGAUUAGAGUAACGCGUUACCGACAUCACUGUUGAGGACACAUGUCCUGGGAUAGGAAAAACAUCCAGCACAUGCCUCGAUCUUUCAAUUUUCAGUUUGUGAAGAGAUAACAAGAAAAUACAUGUGAAAUCGUGAGCUUUGGAGGAAUUGAUGGGUGUGUUUUUGACAGCCAAGCUAGCUGCUUGCCUCUCCUUAAUUGGGUGCUGUUCUGCUGUAUCACUUUCAUUAUGGUGUCCUUUCCUUGCAUUAAAAAAAAUGGGAUAAUGGGUAAAAGACAAA